ACCGAGAAAGGAUGCUGCAGGAUGCGCUGACGUCACGCAGCAGGAGUGAGUUAGGGUGAGUUUCUCCAUCCUAGAGAUGGCGUCCCAACACCCAUGAUUAAGCAGAAAAAGAAGAGAAAGAAAAGAUGCGAGGCCCUGAACUAAACCUGCUUCUUACGACGGCGAUGUUUGUUUUUCAUUCGGCAUAAAUUCGGAUUUACAUCGGGGUUGUUUUAGUUGUUAAUAUGUCUGGAUCAUUGACUUUCUAUUGGAGGUUCGGAUAAGGUGCCUUCUCUCCAUCCACCCAUCCAUUCAUCCACUCGAGAGGAAGGUGGAGGGUCCGGGCGAUGGCUGCUGGAGGAGGUGCGGGAGGAUGCGGGGAGUCGGUGGAUAAUUACCGGGCGGAGGUUGAGCGGCUGACCCGGGAGCUGGCGGAGGCGAACCGGGAGAAGGUCCGGGCGGCGGAGUGCGGGCUGGUGGUGCUCGAGGAGAACCAGACACUGAAGCAACAGUAUGCGGAGCUGGAGGCCGAGCAGGAGACACUGAGACAGGAGCUGGAACAACUGCAGGAGGCCUUCAGCCAGGCGUACACCACUCAAAGGAAGGUGGCGGAAGAUGGCGAGAGCAACGAGGAGACGCUGUUGGAGGAGUCUGCCACUAAGGAGGCGUACUACAUGGGUCGCCUGCUGGAGCAACAGGCCGAGUUGAAGAACAGCCGAUCGCAGGCGUCCUGCACGCAGGUUGAGAACGAGAGGCUCACGGACAUCUUGCAGGAACUUCGAGAGAGUAACGAGAUGUUAGAGCUGCAGAGAAGCCGUAUGAGAGAGGAGAUCAGAGAGUAUAAAUUCAGAGAAGGCAGAAUGCUGCAGGACUACACAGAACUAGAAGAAGAGAACAUCUCUCUGCAAAAACUGGUGUCCACGCUUAAACAGAACCAGGUGGAGUACGAAGGCUUGAAGCAUGAGAUCAAAGUUCUAGAAGAGGAAACGGCCCUGCUUAACAGCCAAUUAGAAGACGCGCUGCGCUUAAAAGACAUCUCCGAGAGCCAACUGGAAGAGGCUCUGGACGCUCUGAAAAACGAGCGAGAGCUGAAGAACAUUCUGCGGAAGGAAUUAGCGCAUCAUCUCACCGUGUGCGACGGGGCCUUUAGUUCCGGCUGCGUUCAUCUGAUCGCUCUGAGCUCGGCACCACCCAGUGGCAGCGCCUCCCCGACGACCGCAACCUCGCCCACCAGUGAGGAUGGUGGAGGGAAAUGCAACGGGCAUUUGCUGCAGGGCGCGGCAGGUUCGGUUUUCAACCGUCUAAACAGCGAUUUCAGGUCGACAGGUUUGAGGAAGGGAGAAAUUUUGACCCCUGACCUUUACAGUGAACUCAACGGUCCAGAGAUGCAAAAACUCAAACAACAGCUGCAGCAGGUGGAGCGAGAAAAAGCAUCAUUGUUGAGCAGUGUGCAGGAGUCACAGACCCUCCUCCGUCACACACAGGGGGCCCUUACAGAACAACACGAUAGGGCCAAUCGCCUGGUGGAGCGUUUCCGAAAACUUCGCCGUCAGCGCAACAGCAAAGAAAAGGAGGAUGAGGUGGAUGAAGAGGAGACCGCUUGGGUCUCCGGGGACCAGGAGGGGCCCAGUCUGGAGUUGCUGCAGUGCAAGUACAAGGUAGCGGUGAUGGAGGUGGUGGGAUUAAAAGCAGAGCUCAAGGAAGUUAAAGAAACAUAUAAUGAGUUGGUGGAGGCCAGCGCGCGGUCAGAGGAACAGGGACAGGCCCAGCUGCAGGCGUUGGAGACUCAGGUGGUGCAGCUGGAACGCAGCUGCCGGGAGGGCCGAGAGAAGGCGGUCUGUCUGGAACGUGAGCUGCAGGCAGCCAACAACACGGCCUCGGAGGCCCAUGGAAUUCUGGGAAAUGCCCAAGACGAGCUGGCGACAUUCAGCGAGGAGUUAGCCCAACUUUACCACCAUGUCUGCCUGUGCAACAACGAGACACCCAACCGCGUUACGCUGGACUAUUAUCGGCAGGGCAGGACCCUCACACGCAUUUCCAACGUUGGCCUCAAGGGGUCAGACGAUCACCGAGUGCUGCUCACGCCACGGCUGGCACGCCGUUUAGCGGCGAUCAACGCCGCGACGUCCGAGUCACGUAGCCCAUCCAACUCACCGUCCAAAGAGCCUUCCACUGCUGAGCAGAGCCCGGUUCGUACGCCGCUGGGCUCGCCCGUCGUUAGUGCCUCCUCUUCUUCUUCAUCUUCAUCUCCAGCACCCGAGUUGUCCACGGGUUCCGACCCACGCCGCGAGCCUACCAACAUCCACCACCUCAAUGCCAUCAUCCGCGAUCAGAUCAAGCACCUUCAGAAAGCGGUGGACCGUUCACUCCAGCUGUCCCGUCAGCGUGCGGCCGCCAGUGAGAUCGCCCCGCUGAUGGACAAAGAUAAAGAAGCCUGCAUGGAGGAGAUUCUUAAACUCAAAGCGAUUCUGAACACCAAGAGAGAGCAGGUCGCAACGUUGCGCCUUGUGCUCAAAGCCAACAAGCAGACGGCAGAGGGGGCGCUGGCCAACCUGAAAAGUAAGUACGAGAAUGAGAAGACCAUGGUGACGGAGACCAUGAUGAAGCUGAGAAAUGAACUGAAGGCUCUUAAAGAGGACGCCGCCACCUUCUCGUCUCUGAGAGCCAUGUUUGCCACACGGUGCGACGAGUACGUUAUUCAGCUGGACGAGAUGCAGAGACAACUCGCGGCGGCCGAAGACGAGAAAAAGACGUUGAAUUCCCUCCUCCGCAUGGCCAUCCAGCAGAAACUUGCCCUCACCCAGAAACUAGAGGACCUGGAGUUCGACCAAGAGCAGUCGCACCGCACCCGCGUCACCAAGACGUCCAGGUUGAGGACCCCCACGCCCAAAGUAAGUGCCACCCGUGUUCCGCCCCUCCCCGACACCCCCAUGACAAUUACAGAGGUGCUUACAGCAGCGGCUGCCAUUACCUCGCCCACCACUCAGAAUACACCCAGCUUCACCCCGACACAACCCUCUGCCCCCAACAGCCCGCCCUCAUUGGAGGCCCCUUCGUCCCCCGCCAUCUCCUCAUCCUCUUGGACCCCCCCGAUCACACCCUACCGCCAGGGCGUGUCUCAUUGGACGAUGGGAGUCCGGGCGUACGUUGUCCAGCCACACCCUUUCAGUGUGGACUACACCCAACUGCCUACUCAUUCCUCCAUCCUUGCCCGCCGCUACGCCAGCGAGUCGCACUAUUCCCCGGGCACCGCCCCUUCCUCGCCUUAUCGCUCGCCCCUGUCCGCCACUCGCCGCCCCAUGUGGAGCUCUUCCCAAUCUCGCGCCCUUCCCACCCACCUGACCCGCUCCACAUCACGAUACACGUCCCCGUCGUCCGCCUACACCCCGCUUUAUCCCAGAAACUACAGCUCCCAGCAUCCCCGGUACUGACAGCCGGGGGGAGCAGAGAGGAGGACGCACUGGUUUGAAUGUGUUUUUUUACUCAGGGAUUUUAAUGGAGCACAAGUGACCCGGCCGCCUUCACACGAGACUGUUGAUCAGUUCUCAGGACACUGUGUUCUGUCAAAGACCCGGCAAACUCUGUGACUGCAUGUGGACUUUACAGACAGCAGGAUCACAGAAACUUUUAGAUCAUUUCAACAGGAAGUUGACCGUUUGUGUUGCAGGUUGAUAGCGUGUUUCAGGGUGAACGUGUCAUUGUCACAAUAGUCGUCAUGUGCAGAUAUUUGAGACUUUUGAAGUCUUUAACACUAAAACAUUUGCAACAUAUCAGUCAGUCCGUUGCUCAUACAGAAACGAUAAAUGAAGGAUUAUUUUAAGUGAUCAUAUUGGUUUUAAUUUGCCUACAGCUGUAUUCAGACUGGAAUACUAGCGUACUAUUUCAUCUUUUUUUUAAAUAAUAAGUGAAACAUUAUGCAUUGUUUGAUUGUAAAUUACAAGUGGGUUUUCACAUUUUUUACAUCAUUUUACAUAUAACACUACACAGUGUGCUCUGCUUGUAUAUUUCACAUUUUUGGCAAAUAUUGUACGAAAUGCAUUGGGGUUUCAUUCAUACUUAAUAUUCUCAUACUCUGCAGAAGGAGUUUGAGAGGUGUGGCAGUAUUCCAUUCUCAACACAGCUGUAGUUUAUGUCGGCGCAGUGCCAUCUAGUGGAUAAACAGCGCUAACUACGUAACAUGAAUGUGCAAAAAAUCACCAUUUUAUGUCUCAGUACAAGUCGGACUGAUCCUGGUUCAGAUGUUAAGAGAUUACGUUUCAGAGAUUGAACAGAGUAGAUGAUUCAGAUGAGCAAUUAUGGGAAUGUGGUGAAUGGAUGCGCUGCAAAAGUCUAGAUGACUCUCUCAGGGAAUUUCAUUCAUUUAUCAUUAUAGUGAUCUGUAAAAUCACAUUUAUUUACAGCACAUGUCAUGUGACGCAGUGAUUUACAGUAUAUGUGUGUAACACAGUGCUCGUAUGAAAGCAGAAAUUCUGCUGUCUGUGUUCCUGUAAAGACUAAAGACGUCAGUUUGUCCUGUCAUUUUCUUAUCAUUUCUACUAUUGUUUUGUUUGACUCUUCCCCUUAUUUUUGUUUGCUUUAUUUAGUUUUUCAUUUGUUGAAAUUGUUUACAAAUGUCAUACUCUAUAACCCACAAACAAAUACUCUGAUGCUGUCCAACAGCCCAGGAAGGGUCAUAUGGAGAAAGGCGCCUGACCUUCAUAUCUCGCGCCUGUGUCCUUUCCUUACUACACCAAAAACACUGAUGGCCACACUAGAGCCAUAUCGCACACAACACACACAAUAACACACAUUCACACAACACGACUGAAGCCAGAAGCAUUUGACGGGUAUCAAAACCCAAACCCUGUCCCAUCAUUUCCCUGCAUGCUCUUUCUGAUCAACAUCACAUCACUUAUUCUACAGUUGCAGUGACAGAUGAUUUUACAUUCAGAUGGUGAAAAUAUAGCAUUAGUUAAAGUUCUUUAAACUCAUAACAAUGCAAAUCAUAGUUCGUUUUUAGAUUUUUCUUUUUUUUUAAAUCGAGAUAAAACGAUGAAAUGUCACUGCAAAUGUACAAUGACACACUUCUGAUCCUAGUUUAAAUUAAACAUCCUAGCGUUUACAUUUAGCCAAAUAUGUUUCGUUAAUGCUCACACAGGCCUUGGUAUUGCAUGAAGUCGUGUGGGGUUUAAAAUGUAGUUUAAUUAUUUUCUUGGUUUGUUAUAGAAAUUGUACUUGCAAGUUUGAAAGAUCGUUCCUAGAUUGAAUGAAACCGUCGAAGCAGAUAUAGUCUGAUUAGAUAGUCUUCGGUGUAUGAUUUUACAUUAAAGAAGCUGGCUGUAGGACGUUGAAUCUGGAACCGAUGAAAAGGUGAAUUGGCAUUAGUUUUGGAUCACACAGACGGCUGUUUAUAAAUCUCAUUGUGUUCAGUUGAAGAAGGUUUAGGGAAUCUUACCGUAGAUCCCAUGUGUGUUUUAACACGGGAUAGAAACCUUGUGAACCUCCUCUCUGUUCUGUCUCGCACCCUCACACACACAUGAUCACGUGAUCAUGUCUUCACCUGCGUUAACACUCGCACCACCGUCACCGUCUCAUUGUGACUGACAUCUGGGAAACCUGUCAAAUGCUUCCUGCUUCCUUUAUUUCCACUUCCUCUAUGAUUUCUCCUCAUUCUUCAUCCCGUCUCAGAUGAAUGUUUUCUACUGCGUGUUACUGAUGCAACACAGUUUCAGACUGUUAUUGAGCUAUCACUGAAUGUACAUGUAUGCUGUCAUAUGCAUGUGUAUAGAGAGUAAAACCGCUGUAUAUAUCUGUUGUUAUUUAGAAAGUAAUGCGCUGUAUAUUCUUCAUAUAUACUGUAAAUAGCAGGUAUAAAUGAACUGAAUUAUUGAGUCCGAGUUCUUUUUAAACGCUUUAAGGAUUCUAGUAUUCAUGAUAUUGUUUGUUUCCAAAUACAUUUAAUGCUGUUAGCAAUAGCAUUAUCUUUUUAUUCAGCUGUCUGUAACACAAUGGUAAGCUACGCUGGUUUACAGUUUGCUCAGUUUUGUGAUGCAUCUGCAUUUAUUAUUUGACUGAUCUUCAUACUCUUCUCUUUGUCAGGUAAGUCAAUGCUGAAUCCGAAUUCAUCGCCUUUUAAAUGUGGCUUUAAGGGAUUGUUCAGCCCAAAAUAAACAUUUGAUCAUUAUUUAUUCACCCCCAUGUGGUUUGAAACCUGUAUUCUGUGGAACACAAAAGAAGAUAUUUUGAGAAAUGUCUCCGUGGUUUUGCGUACAUACUAUGGAUGUCGAUGGAGGCCAGUGUUGUUUGAUUAUCAACAUUCUUCAAAAUAUCUUCUUCUGUGUUUGAAAUGAUAUGGGGUCAGAUUGAUGAACUAUCCUUUUAAUAUAAUAAUGUAGUUGCAAGGAGGUUGUGGAUAAAAUUAGCCAAAAACACAGAGUUAUUUGUUAAAAUCAAUAAAAACAAUUAUCCAGGUACACAAAAUGCACUUGGUGUGUUGUGUAUACGGCUGUCGUUCCACUGCUCCAUACUGCCCCCUGGCUGUUGGAGGACUAAUAUCUCAGUCUCUUUCAGAUAGUCUCCAAACUCCUCCUGCCUCAGUGCCACCAUCCCAACAAAAACUAAACACACAGAUGGACUAUAGAGGCAAUGUUUCAGGAUUCAACAGCUGCAGAUGGAGUCACAGUCAAGAAAAACUGCGUGAUCACAUGACACUCAUCACAAUUACAUCACGGUCAUGUCACGGGUGUACAUAUAAAUCGUUGUCCAGAAGAUUUUUGCCUUUUUUACACAAAGAUUUGAGUGUCAAUGUUUCACAGUUUUGUCAACGGAACUACGUGCAAAAGUGUGGACAAUUUAAAUGUAAUAAACUGUUCCGAGGCCAAGACCAUAUAGAUGUUUUAACUGAUGAUGGUUGUAUUAAAAAUGGUUUAAGUAUGAGGUUUUUGUUUGACAGACCAAAAACUUAAAAGGAAUAUACUGGGUUCAUGGUGACUAUUCUGUCUCACUUUAUGUAAAUCAAAGAUAAAUCUGAACACGUGGGGCGGUCUCCCAGACAGGGUUUAAGACUAGUCCCAGACUAUCUUAAAUGUUAAAUGUGUCUUGAUCGAAAAAACUUACACUGACCUAUCUUAAAAAAGAUCAUUGCCAUUGUUUUGUCUCGAGAUGCACACCAGUAAUGUUUUUUGUAAGGUAUGUUUUUUAAAACAACUUAAAUAUCCCACUUUAACUAAGGCCUAGUCCUGGUUUAAACUAAUCCCUGUCCGGGAAACCGCCCCUUAGAGUUUAGAAUACAAACCACAAACAUAAAUACUGUAUAUCCGAAUGUAUAUGAUCCCAGAAUCUUUCUUUAGAACCUGCAGGCUAAACUUACCAAAGCCUUCAAAACAAAGCUGGAAAUGAGUAAAGAGUCUAUAAGAGAGAUGCAGUGAGCUUGAUCGUGUAUUCUAUUUAAGCCUUACUGUUCAAAAACCAACUUUUCAUAUUAUAUUUAUUCAAUGUUAUUAACUACCUCUGUCCAUUUAGGCUAUUUCAGAUGAAUACACACCUUGUUUAUCCGACAGGAAUGUUGCAUGUUUGAAUUUCUUCUCAAUGUUUAAUCUUCUCUUUGUAUUUGCACUGCAUAUUCGUGAUCUUCCCACAGUGUUCUGCAUCCCAGUCACAAGCACAAACACAGACACCCAACCAGAGCAUUCCAGUGCUGUCAGGACUGUUAAAAACUCAAAUGCUGCAGAGACAUCACUGCAAUGUCUUAACCUCCUGCUUCAAACACGCUUGAUGGAAGUUGUGGAUGGAUGAUCUCCAUGGAUGACACCUGUCCUGAAUUUUGCCUAUAAACUGUGGACAGAUAAACAUCUUCCCACUUUGUCAUCGGUGAAUUCCUGUAAAGUAUUAACUCUUGGGUGUAUCGUUUCAAUUUUGCAAUCUUGACUAUUUGUGUAUUGCUGAACAAAAACACCACGUAUGUGAAUAACUGCAGUAAUGUAGUUUACUAUCAUUCUGAGUCUUCCUAGCCAACAGCAAUACAGCUUACUGCAAAUAUGACAUUAUUCAGUGUUUAAUAUAUAUAUAUAAAUAAAAUGAUA